AUGGUGUUAGAAGCCACAGUUGUCUGCGUAGACAAUUCCGAAUGGAUGCGAAACAAAGACUAUCCCCCUUCACGCUUGGAUGCUCAGCGAGAUGCUGUACACACCGUAUGCAGCGCUAAAACAAGAUCAAACGCAGAAAGCAAUGUAGCUGUUAUGACAAUUGCGGACACGUGUGAGAUGUUGGUCACACUUACUCCUGAUAUUGGAAAGAUUCUGACGUCUAUGCAUGAGGUCAAGCUGAAGGGUGAAGUGAAUAUACUAGACGGGCUGCAAAUAGCACAGUUAGCCUUAAAGCACAGACAGAAUAAAAAUCAGAGACAACGCAUUGUGGUGUUCGUUGGCUCGCCUGUUAAUGUGGACCAGAAGCAAUUGGAAAAGGUCGCUAAGAAGCUAAAGAAAAACAAUGUUGCUGUGGAUGUGAUCAAUUUCGGAGAAGAGGAGCAAAACAUCUUACUUCUAGAGGCUUUUGUGAAUUCCGUCAAUAGUCGCGAAGGAAAUAGCCACCUGGUAAGCAUACCCCCGGGCACCGCUAUGUUGAGUGAGCACAUCUCGAAGUCACCCAUUCUGCGUAGUCCGGAUGAGCCAUCAUAUGGUGGGGAUACUGGUAGUAGUGGUGGGGGUGGCGGCGGCGGCGGCGGCUUCGAGUUCGGGGUUGACCCCAGCAUGGACCCAGAACUGGCCAUGGCACUGCGCAUCUCAAUGGAAGAGGAACAGGCAAGGCAGGACCGGGCCAGGGCAGAGGCUGCCGAGAGCGGGGGGCUGUUGAAGUUGUGGGGUAUGUCGUAG